AACACCGAAAAAAUUACCGUACGAACAAAUUAUCUGUAGUGUCGAGGACUGUUUAUUUAAAAACAAUAUGCAAAAGGAGGAUUUGGAAGCGAUACGUCAAGACAUUUCGUCCAUGUUACGUCGAAGUUCAGCGCCAAAACCGAAUCUACCUAAAGACGAAUUCAAAGCGUUGACUAACCUACGCAAUAAACCAGAACUCACGAUUCUCCGCGCAGAUAAGGGAAAUGCCACGGUAGUUAUGGAUACGUCAGAUUAUAAUUCUAAAAUACAAGAACUUUUGUCGGAUGCAAGUACGUAUAAAAAGGUUAAAAAUGACCCAACAAAUAACACACUUAAAACAACUAGUGAUCUCAUAAAGAAACACUCCGAAAAAUUAAAUCUAGACGUAAAAUCGAUAAUACCUAUGUGUGCUAAACCACCGAAGUUGUAUGGGUUACCAAAAAUACACAAGCCCAAUGCUCCACUACGUCCUAUAGUGAGCCAAAUCGAUUCACCAACUUACAGAUUGGCUCAAUACUUAGCGAAUAUACUCUCACCGCUCAAGGGACAUACAAGAGCACACACAAAGGAUUCCUACCAUUUUGUCAGCGAGAUUAAAGACCUACAUCUGGCAGACAAUGAAACUAUGGUGAGUUUUGAUGUGCAGUUUCUGUUCACAUGCCUACCAGUUGAAGACUGCAUCUCGAUUGUUACUAGAAGGCUAGAGGAAAACAACAUGCCCGUAGAAUAUGCAGUAUUACUCAGACACUGCUUUACAUCUGGCUACCUAUUGUGGAAGGAGGAGUUCUACAAGCAAGUAGAUGGAGUGGCGAUGGGCUCACCUGUAUCUCCCAUUGUCGCCGAUAUAUUCAUGGAGGACUUUGAGGAGAAAGCCCUGCUUACUUCUCCCAUAAACCCAAGAUUCUACAAGCGGUACGUAGACGACACUUUCACAAUUCUACCUUUAGAUAAAGUAACUGCAUUUUUAGACCAUCUUAACUCCUUAAAUUCUAAAAUUCAGUUCACAAUGGAGUUAGAGGCAAACAAUUCUUUAGCUUUUCUAGAUGUAUUAGUAAUUCGGAAUCCUGAUAACACCUUGAGCCACACUGUGUAUAGAAAAAAGACCCAUACAGAUAGAUAUUUAAACGGUAAUUCUCACCACCAUCCUUCACAGUUAGCUACCGUGGGUAAAUCUUUGUUUCAGAGAGCACGAGGGAUCUGUGACAGUAAACACCUGGCCGCCGAGCUCCAACACGUCAAGCAAGUUUUGCACGACAAUAAGCUUCGGGUGCCGCGCCUACGUCACAGUGAACGAGUGAAGCCGGCCACAGUCGAGCGAGUGCCUGCUGUACUGCCAUAUGUCAGAGGGGUCACUGACAAGAUUGGCUACAUCUUGAAGCGUGCUUCCAUUAAAACAUAUUUCAAGCCGCCGAAGAAGAUUAGUCAGUUUUUACUAUCAGUCAAGUGUAAUAUUCCUCUGCAAGAUGCAGGAGUGUACAAGCUGGAUUGUGAAUGUGGUCUCUCUUAUAUAGGACAAACUAAAAGAUCCAUAAAAACCCGCGUUAAAGAACACAUAGCUGAUGUGAAGAAUAGACGCCCCGGGAAGUCUGCAGUCUGUGAACAUGUACAGGAUCGCCCCCGUCACUACAUUAGAUUUGAUAGACCACAAAUCCUCGCUAAAGAACACCGAUUCCUUCCAAGGAUGAUUCGCGAGGCUAUUGAAAUCAAAAAACAUCCUAAUUUCAAUAGAGAAGAUGGCUGGGUGCUACCAUCUGCUUGGGAUCCCAUAAUUAAUAAAAUUAAAUCCCAACCCAAGCAUACAACUGCAAGACUUCAUGAUACUGGACUUGCCUAUGGCGAGAGAAGAUUACAAUACUGCUUUUGGGAACAGACAAAGACAAACCAUGAUCAGAUAACCAAUCCUGUAAAUAAGACAUUGACAUAUUCAAACGGGAACAUGCUGCAAGCAGGUUAUCUAGGAAAAAGCAUUUUUUGCCUGAGCACAGGAAGAAGUACAUUGUCAUAUGCAGACGAGAUGUCUAGGGAGACUCCAACAAGGUAUUCAUGUUUAGAGUAAGCUAUACGAAUAUCAGUAACUAGAGUACUAAUGCUAUCCAUGCUUAAGCCCUUUCGGAAUCCAAAUUGGCUUUUUGCUAAAAGAUUUUUGCUUUCAAGAAACCAUUCUAAACGAUUUUUUAUUAGGUGUUCAAGAAUUUUGGCCAUUGUGCAAGAAAGAGCAAUAGGGCGAUAGCUUGCGGGAUCGGGAAGAUAACUUGGGAUUUCCAUUCUUCAGCAGGAAUACCGAACAUGUAAAUAUAAUUCAAAAUAGAAAGAAGAUGGGCUUUAGUAGAUUCACUGCUAUUAGUAAUAAAAGAAUACGGGAUUCCAUCGAUUCCUGGUGAAGUGUCUUUAAGGACACUAAGAACAACAUAUAACUCCUCAUAAGAGAUAGGGGAGUCAAAACUGUGUUGAUAGUGCAGGGACUGUGAUUGAAAUACUAUACAUUCAUUGUAAGAUAGUACUGAAGGAGGAGCAAGCUUACUAGCAAAAUUUUCUAGUCAAUAAGAUUGAUUAUAAGAAUUUGUGUUUUCAGGGGCCGAAACUGAACACCGGAAUUUUUUUAUAUUUUUCCAGACUAGUGAUGGAUGUGUCCUAGGCGACAGUGACUCACAGAAUUUAAGCUAUCCAGCCAUUUUCUUUUCAGAUAGUAAUUUUAAUGUUUCAGCAGCAGGUUUUUUAUAAAAAAUAUAGUUAUCAAAAUUCAUAGAGUGGGAAUAUCUUAAUUCAGCUUCCUUUCUCUUCUUGCAUGCUACAGAACAAUCUUGAUUCCACCAAGGCGGUGAAGGAGCAUUAUUUUUAUAAGGUUUUUUGAUGGGAAUUGUCUUAUUGGCAGCAGAUAAAAUAGCAUUUUUAAAAGUAGAAUACACCUGGAGAACAUUCCCUUUCUGAACCGGGGAAGGGCUGAAAGUUCUUCCUCUAGAACAGUGAAAUGCAGAUGCCAGUUUGCUUUGGAUGUGUUUUAUUUUAACCUAGGUUUAAAUGGUACAUUGACUGUAUAGGAGUUAGGAGGAUUGAUAACAAUAGGAAAAUGAUCACUGCCAUGGGAAAUGGGUAAUAUUCUCCAAGAAAGAAGGGAUGACAGAGCAGGAGAACGGAGUGACAGAUCUACUGCACUUUUAGGAUUUUGGAGGGGGGAAACUCUACGUGUAGGUGAACCAUCAUUAAGGAGGCAGAGAUCUAAAUCAUCAAUGACGUCUAAAAAUGUAGGAGACCAGGGAUCACAAAAAUGGGAGCCCCAUAAAGUAUGCUGCAUAUUAAAAUUACCAAGAAUUACCAUAGGAGGAAGGAUGGUGGAUAUAAUCUUCGUAAGUUCUGAUAAGAUAUUUAGACUAGGUUCGGGAAUGU